AUGAAGUUACGUGGAUGCGGCAAGCUCAAAAUCCAGAAGAAUAGCGAGGCCAGCUGCUGCAGCAUCGAUAGGACCACAGAAGAAGGGACCGUGAUUAUGAAAGAGCAGCUGCUCGACAUUGUAAGCAGCAAUAAACGGUUGCGUUUUUAUUAUUACAGGGAUCCAACAUUCGCCAUUUGGCCUGGUUGCUACAACUGGGAAGAAAAAAAAAAUGGGACAAGAAACCGAAAUAUUCAACCAAAAGCGAUAAAUGCAUUUGCCUUUUUCGGCUCAAAAACACUGACCUCGUUGGUCCGAUUCAGAAUAUCGUGCGGUACGGUGGUGUCCAUAAAACUGGGAAAACUGAAAUUCCCGAAGGACUGGAAACUUUCACUAACUGAUGGUGAAACGCAUGAUGUUGAAGCGGACAACGAGAUAUUCGAUUGA